CCAUCAUAAUUAUCAUAAUCAAUGUGCAUUCCCCUUUGAUUUUCCGGCUACUUUUUGGACAGUUCUUUACCGAUGUCUUAAUAAAGGGUCCCUCCACAUGCAACAUUUAAAACUUGGGAACCCCUGCAAAUUCCCAAAUAGGGGAUGUUCCUCUCGAGGCAAAACUUCGCCAGGCUCAACUCGAUUGAAUCAUUUUCCCUAUCAAAGGCAUAUAGGGCGGUGAUUAUGGAUGUAGAUCGUGACAGCAAGUUUUUGUUGCAGACAACCACAAAGGCCAAUCCUAAGACGACAGGGGGAGCAAGGGAAGCUUUGAAAUCAGGCGACCCAGACUCUCCAUAUUACUUGCACCCAAGUGAUGACCCUGGGAGGAUUUUGGUAACAUCCCCUUUGACAGGGGAGAAUUAUCACACAUGGAAGAGAGCACUACAAAACGCUCUUUAUGCAAAGAACAAGAUGGGCUUCGUUGAUGGGACAUUGAGAAAGCCAGAAAUAGACUCACCAAAUUAUGCAUCAUGGAAGAAGUGUAACUCAAUGGUACUGUCUUGGAUUCUAAACACAAUUUCAAAAGAACUGCAUGAUAGUGUUGCUUAUGCUGACAGUGUAAGAGAGGUUUGGAAUGAUCUGCAAGAGAGAUUUUCUAAAGGAAACACCACAAGAGUGUAUGAAUUAAAGCUUGAACUAGCCACCAUGGUUCAACAAGACAGAUCAGUUGCUGCAUACUUCACCAAAUUGAAACCAAUUUGGGACGAAUUACAUGCAUAUGAACCUACUCCAGUAUGUGUAUGUGGGUGUACCUGUGGGGCAGCGAAGGAGUACACAAAGGCAUGUGAGACAGAGAAGGUUCAUCAGUUUUUAAUGGGUUUGAAUGAUAACUUUUCGACUAUACGCUCACAAAUCCUAAAUUUGGAACCAUUACCUUCUUUAAACAAGGUAUAUGCAAUGGCAACCAAGGAGGAAAGGCAACAAGCUAUAACAGCUUCAAGAGGACCAGUAAUUGAAGCCACUGCCUUAGUGGCAAGGUCGAGUAUGAGUGGAAGAUUAAACAAUCCCGGAAAGGCAUGGUGUGAUCAUUGCAAGAAAGUUGGCCAUACCAAAGACCGAUGCUAUGAGAUUAUUGGGUACCCCUCAAGUUGGAAGACUGGAGGCACAAAGACAAAAUGCAAGGGUGAUGGACAGAGAAGUCAGAGUCAUGGAAGGGAAUUAAUCUUUGCAGCUAAAGCAAACCAUGAUCCAACAAGAACAGAUGGCAAUCAAACUCAGUCUCCUCUUGCCGGAUUGACCAAGGAAUAGUAUGAUCAAUUACUCACACUUCUCGGUGGACCUAACCUUGAGGAAGUUGAUUGGAAUGGGUAAACUGCAUGAGGGAAUCUACUAUUGUGAAUUUGGGCAUGUUGCAGCUGCUAGUCGAGUAAAGCCGAAGGAGACUGCGUCGUUUGAAUUGUGGCAUAAGAGGCUUGGUCAUAUUUCCUUUGAUAGAUUAUCUAAAAUACCUUCAUUAUGUUCUUGUCCUUCUGAUUUCAAACAUGUUUGUGACAUUUGCCAUAGAGAAAAACAAACAAGAUUGCCUUUUCCCAUUAGCAAAAAUUUUUCUUCACGUUGUUUUGCCUUAAUACACUGUGACAUUUGGGGUAGGUAUGCUACAGCUUCUAAUACAGGUGCACAUUAUUU